CUGGAAGCGGCAGCGGGCGCGAGAGACGCUCUUUUCGAAAUGACAAGGUCGGGGAGCCGGAGGGAAUGAUGGAAACGGUCAAUGGAUGGAGAGGGUUUAUAAAGGCAAGCAGCGAGAGGCGAGCACCUUGUAAGGGAAGCUGCAGAGCAAUAGAAAGAAAGACAUUGAAGAUGGGAAGUCAAGAUCAAGAUCUAACAGGGCCAUUCAAUUCACUUUGACCUGAAGGGAACAUGAUUACCUGGUAUGUCUGUGGGAAAAGGUUUCAAACAUCAGUGUGGGUUGUAAAGUGCCAACACGCAAACACACCUAAGUGUGAAUGUUCUAGUGAACUAACUGCAAACAUUAUUUAACAUCAUCCAGUUACCAAUAUGAAAAAAUAUCCACAGAGCAAGGAAAUUGUGUACACAUUGCAUUUAUGAACAAGGAUUCAACAGUUCAUCCAACUUGGAGAGAUGCCAAGAGAUCAGCACCAUGGAAAAACCAUGGAAAUGUGUGGAUUGUGGGAAGGAAUACAAAUAUCCAGGACAACUGGAAGCUCAUCGACGCAGACACUCUGGAGAGAGACCAUUCAUGUGCUCCGUGUGUGGGAAGGGAUUUGCUCGCUCAUCCAGCCUCAUGUCACACCAGUGGGUUCACAGUGACAAGAGACCUUUUAAAUGCUCUGACUGUGGGAAAAGCUUUAAAAGCUCAAAAGGUCUAAUUCAACAUCGACCUGUUCACACAGGGGAGAAAUCAUUCAGCUGUUCCACAUGUGGGAAGGAGUUCACUUGGGGAUCCAGCCUAAUGUCACACAAACGUCUUCACCACGGGGAGAGAAGCUUCAUCUGCUCGGUGUGUGGGAAGGCAUACACUUCACGCUCCAGCCUAAUGUUACACAAUCGGGUUCACACUGGAGAGAGACCAUUCAUCUGCUCUGUGUGUGGGAAGGGAUUCACUUCAUCGUCCAUCCUAAUGUCACACAGUCGAGUUCACACUGGAGAGAGACCUUUUACCUGCUCUGUGUGUGGGAGAGGAUUCACAUCAUCAUCCAGCCUAAGGUCACACUGUCGAGUUCACACUGGAGAGAGACCUUUUACCUGCUCUGUAUGUGGGAGGGGAUUCACAUCAUCAUCCAGCCUAAGAUCACAUAAGCCAUCUCAUACUGGAGAGAGACCAUUCAUCUGCUCUCAGUGUGGAAAGAGCUUCAGUCAGUUAUCCAGCCUCACUAAACAUCGACGUGUUCACAGUGGGGAGAAACCAUUCACCUGCUCCAUAUGUGGGAAGGGAUUCACUUGUUCUUCCCACCUCACUUAUCACAGGCAUGUUCACACUGGAGAGAGACCAUUUAUCUGCUCUGUGUGUGGGAAGGGAUUUAUUAAAUCAGCACAGCUUCUGAUACACCAGCGUGGUCACACGAGAGAGAGACCAUACACCUGCACCGAGUGUGGGAAGGGAUUCACUCGGUCAUCUGUACUGAGUGAGCACCAGCGUAUUCACACAGGGGAGAAACCUUUUACCUGCUCUGUGUGUGGGAAGGGAUUCACUCGGUCCUCCAAUCUCAGCAGACACGGACUUGUUCACACCGAUGAGAGACCAUUUAAAUGUUGUGAGUGUGAGAAGAGCUUUAGAAGCAGCAAUGAUUUGAUGAAACACCAGCAGACUCAUUCUGGAGAGAAACCAUUCACCUGCUCUGUGUGUGGUAAAGGAUUCAAUGAUUCAUCUACAUGUCUGAGACACCAACGAGGUCACAUGUGAUUAUAUUCUGCUGUUAAAGCAACCAGGACCGAACCGUGUUUAUUCUGAUGUUUGGGGUUUACUUUAGUGGAUGUGAAUAUUCUGUUUAAUUGGACCUUUCUUUAAUUGUCCUGUUAUUAAUCCCAUAAGAUACAGAGUUUGUGUCCCUGAUUUCUCUCUGAUUAGAGGAGACUGAGAGAUAUGCCAUUACUAACCUGAAGUCCUUGUGAAGUGCAGCCACUGUUGUUGGAGAUACAGCAGCUAAAUUGUGUGCAACAAACUCUUACAAACAGAAAUAAGAAACUGGAAAUACUCAGAAGGUCAGGUAGUAUGUUUGGGGAGCAGAGUUGACAACAGAAACAUGGCUAUGACAGACACUCUUUCAGGAAUGAUUAUUAAGGGAUGCAUAUUAAACAGUAAAACUGAGAGAUCGGUUCUCCUCUUUUUGAAAUAACUUUAUGGGAUCUUUUAAGUCCACCUGUGAGGAUAGAUGUGUGCGUCUUCCUCCGAAAGAUAGGAUCACUGAAAGUACAGUGCUCCCUCAGUCCUGCACCAGUAUAUCAUCUGUGAUUUUACAGUGAAGAGUCCAGAUGGGAUGUUUGAAUUCUCAACAUUCUGAGACAGAGAUGAGGUUGGAACCACUGAAUAUUAAUACACAUAAUUACUCCAGAUUAUUUCAGAUCUGACACUUUUGUAUGACAGAAUUGUUAUGGUAUAGAAGGAGGCCAUUCAGUCCACUGUAUUAGUACUGAUUAGUACUGACUGUUUGAACAUUAUUCUUGCUCUUACACCUUUGGUUAUUCUCAUGGCCAUGUUCACCCAUUGGGCUCUUGGUCAAAACCAAGUGGAUGUGUGUUUUUAAACAGGGUACAAUGCUUUGCAGAGCAGCACAAGAGCUGAUUCCGCAGCUGGUGUAGUGGAACUUUUUUUAUUAAAUCACAAAAUAAACUAUAGACAUCAAACAUCACAACCUGGUGCUGAUAAGACUAAAAAUACUUCGCUGUUCAAUGACUUGACCUUAACUAUUCAGGCCACUUGCUCUCAUUCAAGACAAAAUUCUUGAGAACAGAAGAUUUGAAAGUUACAUCUAAAUUAAUGGCAAGUUGUUCUGUCUCUGAUGUAGAGGCAUCAUUUGAAACCACCAAACGUGGACAGAAUUGGUCUGAAAUGUAAAUUGAUGUAAGUUUCUUAUUAAACCAUUCAAAGGGAAAUUGAGCUAAAGUUUAAAGGGAUAAUAAAAAAAAACAAAUAAUAAACAGUUCAAGUGGCUCCUGGAUUUCAAAAAGGUUUGUUUGAAGGAAUAAUUG